GCGUGGUUAGCUAGUUAUACCCCCUGGCCGGGCCUCUGCCCCAGGCUCUAAGGUGCGGAGGCCCCAGGCGCGGGUCCCAUCGCCUAUCACCGAUGAUGGCAGGGCCUGGAAGUGAACCCACAGGUUUUGUCGUGUUGAAUGAAAGUUCACUUUGGGAUCUGCUGAAUGAUCUUUACGAUGUCAAAUUGAAGUGGAAAUGGAUAGGCCUGGGGUUAGGUUUUUCAAUAUCAGACCUUGAAGCGAUGAGUGGCAAUCCAUUGGAAUGCCUGCAGUGCAUGCUGAGCCGAUGGCUAAAGGGAAUUAACCCUGAACCAACCUGGGAUGCCCUGGUUAACGCUCUAAAGGCUCCUGUGGUUAACGAGGAAAGAAAGGCCCAGGAGUUGGAAGACAAGUUUUGUUGCAGUUCUUCUAUUACUGCUGCUUCUGCAAGUAACUCAAAUAUUAUGCCAGAAAGUUCAGUGCCAUUAUCAGAUUCGGAUCCUGAUGAAUCUCACCGUGAUGACACAUGUAUUUCCUCCAGAGUGAGGCCAAGUCUCUGUAGUGCUCUUAAUAAAGUUCAUCAUCCAGAAGUAAGGGGAAAACUUAAGCGGAAAGACAAUCGAUUUCGAACACUUGUAAGAGAGACCCAGCGUUAUUUAUCGAGUACUAUCCAAACAAAAGAAAAUUUAAAUGAUUUCAAAGUUGCCGUCACACUGUUGCCUGCAUCACUAGAUGGUCACCAUAUUCUCCUUGCACCAGAUGACCGUAAAGUAAUUAUGGCAGCCACAGAAAUUGCUCCUAUUUUUGUAGUUCUCAAUCAGUAUUGGACCUUUGUCCAGUAUGAGCUCCUGGAGUAUGUAAUCAAGAAGUUUGGCAGUAACAGCCUCAAACAAAAGAUAAAAGCAUAUGUAACCAACAUGGAUAAGAUCGAGACGGAAAUUGGAAUAAGUCAUGUGACUGCUGUGCAGUUGUGCUUCCCAUGCUCUGACUCAGUUGCAGUCGAAGUUCAUCUCCAAGGCUCACAACACACAUUACGUAACCCCUCGUUUUGUCCAACGUGCAAUGGCUGAGCAGCGAGAACUCCACCCUCACACAGUUCGCACGUUUCGAAAUGAUCCAGGCUCCAUGAUUAUCACACUGCUUAUCCCAUACUCUGUGGCUGGUCAUGUUCUGGCCACACUUCGUGGUAUUCUGCCAGCCAAGGACCUGUUAUCAAGACCGUUGGAGGAAAGGAUGGUUUAUAAAAUAGAUGGAGCUGGGACGGAGACUUAUCUGCCACUGGGUCCUUCCAAAGAAACGACAGCUGACAGACAGCAGGGAUUGCACAAUCUUGAUCGAUUUCUAAAUCGAAAUGUGAUCGAGGUUACCAUGACAGACAGCUAUGAAAUUGUUUCUCGGGACAAAGCAAAAUCAAAGACACAGGACAAAAUAUCUGCAAAAGAUGUGUAUGAAUUUACGGAUGAAGUGUUUUAUGUUGAAGACUUUCAUGCCCAAAAGUCGGUGAUGUAACCUGUUCACAUGGACACAUUUUAUUCUCGGCCCAUUGCUGAUUCAACUGUCAAGGGACCCUUCAUUACCUCCCUCUGUAACCUCCGCCACAUCUCUAUUAUCAUUUAAACACAACUUAAUCAAUCACUUAAGCACAAUGUCUUAAUCCUUUAUGGGUACAUGUUCAAUUAUAGUGUUUACCACUAAUACAUGUAUUGCCAUUGCAUAGUGCAUAAACGUUUUUAAAAA